CGAUGAUGCACAAUGUGUGCGACUCGUGCUAUCAACAUGCUGGUUGGAUGUGUUGACUGUAGCCAACGUGCGAAGUGAGAAAUAAGUCAAUUUCAUCGCUGCAGCUGCCUCAAAUAUUGAGUUCGUUUAAUUUUGGGGGGCAGUUUAUCGCGAGCAAGAUGGCAAAUACCAACCUUCAGUUCAAAACAAAUUUUGCGGUUUCCAGCAAGAUUGAACCGUUUUACAAAGGAGGGAAAGUGCAGAUCAGCAAAGAUGAGAAACACAUCUUUUGCACUUGUGGCUCUCGUGUCAAUGUUUUGGAGAUCAGCACGGGGAAGAUAGUCCACAGUGUUGAGCAUGAUGAUCAAGAGGACAUCACAUCGUUUGCACUCAGCUGUGAUGAUGAGCUGCUGGUGACAGCCAGCAGGGCUCUGCUGCUGAAGCAGUGGGACUGGAAGCAAGCUCAGUGCACUCGUUCCUGGAGGGCCAUUCACACUGUGCCUGUAGCCAGCAUGACCUUUGACUCCACCUCUACACUCCUCGCCACAGGUGGCUGCGACGGCACCAUUAAGCUUUGGGACGUGGUGAAGCAGUACUGCACGCAUAACCUGAAAGGGUCAUCUGGUGUUGUGCACCUGGUCCAGUUCCACCCAGACAUUGGCCGACUGCAGCUCUUCUCCUCGUCUCUGGACUGCGGCAUUCGGCUGUGGGACCUGCGCUCCAGUCAGUGUGUGUGUGUGCUGCAGAGCCACUACAGCGCUGUCACCUCCCUCUGCUUCAGCACCGAUGGGCACACCAUGGUCAGUUCUGGUAGAGAUAAGAUCUGCACAGUGUGGGACCUGAAGACGAAGAAAGCAAAGAGGACUGUGCCUGUCUAUGAGGCUGUGGAGGGCGUUGUGCUGCUUCCUGAGAAUGAAGAUUUCUCUCAGAUUGGAGUAAAGAGCAAAGACUUGCAUUUCAUCACAGCUGGCAGCAAAGGGGUGUUGAGAGUGUGGGAGUCCAGCACAGCACGCUGUGUCCAUACCCAGACACUUUCCUCCACCUUCAACCCUGUUUCUGGGGAGGAGGAGGAGGAGGAGCAGCAGGACGAUGACCCCCGCAGUUUAACGUACCUGCUUCACCUGCCCAUCUCAUCUAGACUGGCCACAGUCACUGCAGAACACAACAUCCUACUCUACCAGCUGCCUGCCCUCACCACACAGCAACAGUUUGUGGGUUACAACGAUGAAGUGCUGGAUGUGAAGUUUCUGGGUAAAGGUGACAGUCACAUCGUGGUGGCCACCAACAGCUGCCAGCUCAAAGUGUUUGAGCUUCUCACCAACAGCUGCCAGAUCCUGUACGGACACACAGACACUGUUCUCUCACUGGAUGUGUUCAAAAAGGACUCCCUCUUUGCAAGCUGUGCGAAGGACAGGUCAGUGCGUGUGUGGCAGAUGGACAGUGACGGUGGUCAGGUGCGAUGUGUGGCCCAGGGCUCCAGCCACACUAACGCCGUGGGCUCCAUCGCUUGCUCCAGGUUGAAAUCAUCUUUCAUAGUGUCGGGCAGUCAGGACUGCACCGUGAAGGUGUGGGAUCUGCCAGUGGACCUUCCAUCCACAGGGGCAGACAUACAUCAGCUGACCGCCAGCUCCACAGAGAAGGCACACGACAAGGAUAUCAACAGUGUUGCGGUGUCGCCCAAUGACAAGCUGCUGGCCUCGGGCUCCCAGGACCGGACCGCCAAGCUGUGGUCGCUGGCGGAGGAAGGGAGCGUGGGCCUGCUCGGGGUGUUUCGGGGCCAUCGCCGUGGCGUCUGGGCCGUCUGCUUCUCUCCUGUCGACCAAGUGCUGGCAACGUCCUCUGCAGACGGCACGGCCAAGCUCUGGAGCCUGCAGGACUUCAGUUGCCUCAAGACGUUCGAGGGGCACGAUGCAUCGGUUUUGAAGGUCAUUUUUGUGAGCAGAGGCACUCAGCUGCUCACCAGUGGCUCUGACGGUUUGGUAAAGCUUUGGACCAUAAAGACCAAUGAGUGUGUGAAGACACUGGACGCCCACCAGGACAAAGUGUGGGGUCUCCAUGCCAGCCGCAAAGAUGACAAGGUGGUGACUGCAUCUGCGGACUCUAACAUCACCGUGUGGGUGGACGUGACUGAAGUGGAGCUGGCAGAGGAGCAGGCCAAACAGGAGGAUCACAUUCUCAAGAAGCAGAAGUUGUCCAACCUGCUCCAUGAGAAGAAGUAUCUCAAGGCGCUGGGUCUCGCCAUCUCACUGGACCAGCCUCACACUGUGCUCACUGUGAUCAAAGCGAUCCGUCAGGGGGAGGACAGGCGUGAGCUGUUGGAAAACACUCUACUGAAACUUCGAGUGGAUCAGAAAGAGUCGCUCCUGCGCUACUGUGUGGUGUGGAACACCAACGCCAGAAACUGCCAGGAUGCCCAGGCCGUCCUUCAGGUGCUGCUCACACACCUGCCGCCUGAGGAGCUGCUGCAGUACCAGGGCGCCCGAACCCACCUGGAGGGACUCAUUCCAUAUACAGAGAGACACAUGCAGAGGAUUGGACAUUUACUGCAGGCAUCUAUGUUCCUGAACUACAUGUGGCAGAAGAUGAGAGUGACCGGAGCCCCGUCCAGCAUGGGCCAAGAUGAAGACAUGGACACCUCUGCCCUGAGUCAAACCCAACCUUUCUUCAUGAUCGACAAGGAGAAGGGAAAGGGCAGUGGUGAGGAGACACCAGAUGCCGGGGACGACGGCGGUAGCGGACAAGACGAACAUCCGAAUUGCCCCGUUGAAGAUGAGGAUGAUGACGAGGUCAGCGUCACCAAGAAAGCCUCAGCAAAUGACGGGAGAAUGGAAAACGGUGGGGUCACUGGGACAAACGGCAACCACCACUCUGAGAGCGAGGAGAGCUCAGAUGAAGAAGACAUGAAAGAAGACGAGAACGAUCAUACGAAAACUGUGAAAUGUCUCCCGGUUUCUUUGCCUCCUCAGUGCCAGACUUUAGCCAGCUGACAAGCUGAUCACAGUUGACUCUCUCCUGAAGAAAAAAAACCCAGGAGAUCCUCUUAUCUCGGACCAUUAGCUGGAGCGACUCGAUAUUAGGCCUUUCUUUCCCAAUUACUUCAGACAAAAUGGACAGAUGAGUAGAAAAUAAGGAAGGACAGAUGGAAGAAGAACUGCUUAUACAGUUGGGGCAGGGUUGAGCCAGAGUUGUCUUCCCUCACAGCAAAUACCACCAUCUAUUGUCUGGUUCUGCAAUGUUGCAUAGUCCUGAUCUACCGGCUCGACCACAUAAAAGGUCCUUUAUAUCACCAUACCAUUUUUAUGUAAUAUCUAGAAAUGUUUAUAAAAUAAAAAAAUGUUUUUGUUAUGAUUUAAAA